AUGGUGAACAUUUUGAAAAUGUUUCUGCAGACUUUCUGCAGAAAAUGUGGAAAGUAUCAGUCCUACAAAGUAGCACAAUAUAAGACACCCUCCAUGCCCAGGGAAAUGGUGUUAAGAAGGAAGCAGAGUGGCUAUGGCAGGCAGACUAAGCCGAUUUUCUGGAAAAAGGCUAAAGCUACAAUGAAGAUUGUGCUGAGGCUUGACUGUGCAGAGCCUAACUGUGGAUCCAAGAGAAUGUUGGCUAUUAAAACAUGUAAACAUUUCGAACUGGUAGGAGAUAAGAAAAGGCCAAGUGAUCGAGUUCCAAACUUCGUCCUCUGCUUUAUUAUGAAGAGAAUAAAAUCCUAA